AUGUCGAACAUCGAUUCUCAUGUCGCAUCCGUGCUCGAUAAUGCACAGUCUGACGAUGAAGAUGCCCUUAUCGCCUCUCUCGAAGACUCUCCAGCCUUAGACGCAUUCCGCGAGCAAAGAAUCCAGCAGUUGCACUCGGAAUUUACGCGCGCGAAGUCGCAGAAGAAUCAGGGCUUUGGCAAUUACACGGAGAUUAAGGAGGAGAAGGCUUUGAUGGAUCUUACGACUGAGGUCAAAUACGCUGUGGUGCAUUUUGCAAAGGAUGACUUUGCUAGAUGUGGGGUUAUGGAUGAUCAUUUGAAGGCUUUGGCCCCGAAACAUUUCGAUACAAGGUUCUUGAAGAUGAACGUCGACAAUGCUCCAUUUCUGGUUACAAAGCUUAAUGUGAAGGUUCUGCCUUGCAUUUUGGCAUUCGUGAAUGGCAAGACCGUUGAUCGGAUCGUGGGCUUUGAAGGCUUGGGUUAUACACCAGAUACCUUCACAACUCAGGACUUGGAGGCUAGGCUAUUGGCUUCAGGGGUAGUACUGAGGGCCAAGGCUAUGGGAGAUGCUGGAGUGCGGUUUGGAGGCAAGGCGGCGGAGAAAGAGGACAGUGAUAAUGAUGAUGACUGGGAUUGA